CGCCUCCCCGCCGCUCCACGCCGACAUCGACACCCACAAGACCUGCGGCCUCGGCCCCGCCAUGCCCUUCGCGCACCGCAUCCUCCUCUCCUCCUCCUCCUCCUCCUCCUCUCCGUCCUCCCUCCCGGCGCCCUCCACCGUCUCCGACCCCGGCGGCGAGGAGGACCGGCUGGUGCUCGGCCUCGUCCCCUGCGCGGUCGGAGGCACCAGGAUCUGGAUGUGGGCGCGGGGCCAGCCGCUCUACGAGGCCGCCGUCGCCAGGGCGCGCGCGGCCGUGGCGGGCGGUGGCGGGGCGCUCGGCGCCGUGCUGUGGUUCCAGGGCGAGAGCGACACCAUCGAGGUCGACGACGCCCGGGCCUACGGAGGCAAGAUGGAGCGCCUCGUCGCCGAUCUCAGGGAAGAUCUCGGCUCGCCCAAUCUGCUCGUCAUCCAGGUUGGUCUUGCAUCAGGGGAGGGGAAUUACACCGACAUCGUAAGGGAUGCUCAGAGAAGUAUCAAUCUUCCCAACGUGAUUCUCGUCGAUGCCAUGGGCCUGCCGCUCAGCGAUGAUCAACUGCACCUCUCCACGGAAGCUCAACUCCGGCUCGGUGAAAUGUUGGCGCAAGCCUAUCUCGAAUUCGAGUCGUCGAGAGAUCCCAAAGCUAUAGAAUCACUGCAUCAAUAACAUUAUCUGAUUUGCUAGGUGUAGAUACCAUUAUUCUUUGGGACAUCCUGUUGUAGAGUGUAGAUGAAUGUACAAACAAGGGAAGAUCUGCCCACAGGCGCACUGUCGCUCACUAUACCGCAAUAACAAACGGAUUCCUGUACAAGUUUAGCUCAAACUGUUGCGCAAGUGAUGUACAUUUGGGAGAAGAGAACAGAGCUCUGUUUGUUGGAACUUGGAAUAAAGCUGAAGAGCAUUUGUGGUGGGAUUCUGAUAACAUCCCCAUUAAAUUUUA